UCCGCGUUGCGCGCACGGUGCCUGGUCCGGUGGAGGGAAAAGCACGCCGCGAACACGCACAAGCGCGGCGGCUGUAGUCGGUGAGCGCGCUCUGCUGCUUUUCCGUUCAGUCGACGCGUGCUUUCCGGCUGCGUGCGCGGCUGCUGUUCGGAGAGCGUUCGUCCGCGUAGUGCGCUCCUCUUGAUUCUUCACCGGGUGCGCGUCCGGGCGCAGUGCGGCGUUCACCGUGACUCGCCGGCGGGGGCGGGCGGCGGGCGCUGGGCCCGCGGCGGCCGCCAUGAAGAUGGUGCAGUGCGCGGGCUGCGACCGCCCCAUCCUGGACAGGUUCCUGCUCAACGUACUGGACCGAUCGUGGCACACCAAGUGCGUCCAGUGCUGCGAUUGCCGCUGCAACCUCACCGAUAAGUGCUUCUCCAGGGAUGGCAAGCUCUUCUGUCGGAAUGACUUCUUCAAGCGCUUCGGCACCAAGUGCGCGGGCUGUUCACUGGGCAUCUCGCCGACGGACCUGGUUCGACGCGCGCGGAGCAAGGUGUUCCACCUGAAGUGCUUCACCUGCCUGGUGUGUCGCAAGCAGCUCUCGACGGGCGAGGAGCUGUACGUGCUGGACGAGCACCGCUUUGUGUGCAAGGAGGACUACCUCGCCAGGCACCAGCCGCCUCCGCCUCAACAGCCGCCGCCCGCCGGUUACGUUGGCUACUGCGGCGGCGUCGCCUCGAGUCCCGAAAAGGGGCUGAAGCCGCAGUUUCCUGCCUGGGGUCCUCCACUCAGGCCUUGUCACAUACCUCCCCCUUACGCAAUGCUGGGUCCCUCGGGCUCCCCGGGCGACGCGACACUCGACCUGGACGACCCGUCAGACGGUGGCGGCGGUGACGCCGACCUCUUGCUACGCGACCAGGACAGGGACUCGAGCGUGGAGCGUGAGCUGACGCCCGGCGGCGGGGCGGCGUCGCCCUCGGCCUGCGGCGGUGGGGCCAAGGGCAACGCCUCGUCGGUAGCCAACGGUCCCAAGACGGAGCCUGGAGGCGGUGGGGGUUCGGGUCCCGAGGGCGGGCCGGCGACGGGAGACGAGGCCCAGGGGGGCACCAAGAGGCGAGGACCGCGCACCACCAUCAAGGCCAAGCAGCUGGAGACGCUCAAGGCGGCCUUCGCAGCCACGCCCAAACCGACGCGCCACAUCAGGGAGCAGCUGGCGCAAGAGACAGGACUCAACAUGCGCGUCAUCCAGGUGUGGUUCCAGAACCGGCGCUCCAAGGAGCGUCGCAUGAAGCAGCUGAGCACCCUGGGUGCCCGUCGCCACUUCUUCCGCAGCCCGAGGCGCGUGAUGCGCUCCCUGCGGCCCGGCAUGUCGCCGGACGGGCUCGACGACUCGCCCGAGAUGGGACCCGGACCUCCGAGCUCGGCGUUCGGCUACUUCUCCGAUUCGUCGAACCCGGCCGACUUCGGCUACGGUCCCCAGGCGGGCUUCUACGACUUCUUUCCGGGUCAGCAACCUCCUCCCCCUCCUCCUCCGCCGGGACCCGACGGCAUGCCCUUCCCUCCCACGGGAUCAGGACCCCAGGGUCAGGGCUCAGGGGGGCCCCUAGACUCGCACUCCGGACCAGGGAGCGUAAACCUGGGUUCGGACGCGCCCUACCUGCAGCCUCCGCCGUCGUCGCAGCCGCGCGGCGGACCCAGCCCCGACGCCGUGCUCAGCCUGCAGGGGGGCGAGCCCUACGGGGCGCCCUCGCGCGCCGACAGCGGCUUCGCCCCGCUCAACCACCCGCCAAUCAGCGAAACGCCCGUCUGGUGACGUCACCUUGCGCAGCACCGCCCAUCCCCCUGAGAGAAACCCAGGGAGAGAGAGUGCCUCUCUCUCAAAGCCGCCACUACCACGCGUGCGUCGCAAGAAAAGGUGACGGUGGCGCUAUCUGGCGCGCAGCACGGAACGAAAGCUGAGAAGCCGAGUGAACGGCGCCGAUGGUUGGGCAACAGCGGGAAAUAUAAUACGCGGACUCUAAGGAACUAUCGUGUAUUUCUUUUUUUUUUUUUUGCUCAUGUUUUCCACAAUUUCUAUGGCGUGUUCGUCAUUUUUUUUCUUGUUUCUCUCGCUCUUCGAGGCUUAAGGCGUGGAAGGAAAUGCUUUCCCCAACCGCGGGUUCAAGACGAGCCUCGAGCGAGGGCAGCUUUGGAAUAUGAGCAAAGCCACAAUGCUGAACUUUCAUAGCCACGUAAUUUUUUUUUCCAUCUUUUUCGAGCAAAUGAGAAACAAGCGGAGAUGACGGGUUGUGAGGUAAGAACUGUUCGCGGUUGGAACCCCUUUGGAGGCCGGAACGGAAUCAGACGUUCACCACCACACCAAGGGAAGCAAAUCGGGCGCAGCCCGCGAGAGUGACCGUGCACGACACUGCAGCGCACAGACUGACCCGGUACCUCGUUUUCGGCCAUUGACAGACAAGCGAGCGGCUGCUCCUCAACCCUUCUCUUCUUUCCGCGGGCAUCGCUCCUCCUCCUCCAGAAUUCGAUCUCUGCCCUCAAGCGGCGGCGGUGUCGGCGACAGUUCAUCGCGGAAGAUGGCGAAAGGCGCCGACGCUGCCUCGACGAAAACGACCUUGCGUGUGUGCGCGUGUGCUUGAGCUCGGCGGCGUGGAUCCACUCCCCUCCUCUCCUUAUCAAAUUUUCGGAGACAGCCCCUCUCCUUCCUCCUCUCCCGUCUAGGGAGUGGCCCCGGAAUGUGCGCCCUUUGGACGAAAACAAGCUGCUGGCCUGCCUUGCCUAGCCCGCCUGCCGCGCUGUCUUUUCUCAUCUUCCACCCCCCCCCCCCCCCCCCUUCUAUCUUUGGCUCUCACUCCACGCAAAGACGAUGUGGCAGCCGGAGAAAAGAAGCCACGAGCCCAGCUGACGGCAACUUUUAAAUACAACUAAUUCUAAUGUCGAAACUAUUUGUCGAGCUUAAUAGUCGACUCAAGUGUGAAUCCAAUGUAGAAUCGAACAGCCAACAUCGCGCGCCACCUGUCGUCCACUGAUGCAAAUUCACUUGUCGCAGCGAAGUCACGUAGUUUUGUCUUGUUUUUCUAUUGGUUGACGGCCACUGUUAUAGCAACUAGGCACGAGCGUACGGCCUUUAUUAGCGGCUACAUUUCGGUAUGGAGCAAACGCAAAAACGUCCGUGUUUACCCAAACUAGGGCGCUCUUUGCAAAGCCCCACGUAGUCAAAAUUAAUAUACGUGCACUUGGGCAUUCCUCGUAAUCCUAUCGCUGUUUGGCGGAGCUCAAAAAUUUUAUUUCAUUUUCUUUUGUGGCAUCGGACGGUGUAUAUACUGUCGACUGGGCUCGCUGGAGAAUUUUGGUAUGAAUAUUUCGCGAGUGCACUACACACCACCUCAACCGAGUCGAUAGAGAGAAUUAAGGCCGCAGUCUUUGUGCAACGGACAGUGCGUGACACAUAAUGGCCGGCGAAAGAAGGAACAGCGGAUCAAAAGCAAGCAACAAAUCACACCGAGGAGUGCUGUGCGGGGGCGCUACAAUCGUCAGUUGUGCCGCUGCUUUGCCGGUGAAAGAAAAAAAUCAACUCUGGUGUUCCUCACAUCAUUCUUUGUGUACAUAAGAGCGACUAAAAAGAGGGUGAAAAAAAAAGAACUCAUGGAAAAAAAA